AUGCCUCAUAGCCAUCACUCUCAUUCCGGCCAAUUUUGCAAGCAUGCUUCUGGUUCUUUGGAAGAGGUCGUGCUGGAAGCUAUCCAUCAGCAGUUCCAACUCUAUGGUUUGACGGAGCACGUUCCCCGAUAUCGUUUGGUCGAUCUAUAUCCAGAAGAGGCAGGAGAGACAACAGAUAGUCUUGCGAAACAAUUCGAGAGAUUCUUAGUUGAAGCCCACCGCUUGAAGACUCACUACGCUUCACAAAUUACAAUUUUGGUGGGGCUCGAGACUGAAUACAUUACUGGUCAAGAUUUCGAUGGCCUGGAUUCACUUCUUCAGAAGUUUGGGGACCGGGUGGAAUAUGUCGUUGGGUCCGUUCAUCAUGUCGACGGUAUCCCCAUCGAUUUCGACCAAGUUACCUAUGAACGAGCGCUGCAUAACUUCGGAGAUGGUGAGACAAACGCCCAGGAAGUUUUCUUGUCGGCGUACUUUGAUGCGCAGUAUCAAUUGCUUCAACGAUUCAAGCCAGAGAUAGUUGGCCACUUUGAUCUUUGCCGACUCUACACACCCGAUUUGCGAUUUCUAGAGUAUCCUUCUGUUUGGGAGAAGAUAACUCGCAAUGUGGAAUAUGCAAUCGGAUACGGAGCUCUCUUCGAGAUGAACGCCGCCGCCUUUAGAAAGGGGUGGGAGACUGCCUACCCGGGCAAAGAUAUCCUCAUUUUGAAUCGCGGAGGGCGUUUCGCGCUAUCAGAUGAUAGUCACGGACCGCGGUUUGUUGGACUCAACUACCAUCGCCUCCUUGAUUAUCUACAUGCACAAGGCAUCACCGAUAUCUGGCUUCUUCAACCCUCAAAAACGUCUAAUGCCGCUGGAAGAAGCAUACGGCCUGUCAAAUUUGAUGGAGAAUGGUUAGGACAUGAAUUUUGGCACGGAAGGCCGACACAAGCCUGA